CUCAGCCUGUGUGUGUGUGUGCCCACCGUGAAUUGCUCCAGCAUCCCUGCGCAAGAAGCAGGGCAAAUAUUAAUGUGAAAAAAUAUAAAAAUAUACCACCUAAAAAGAUGUAAUCGUGGGAUACGAUUUCGUGCUGGGCUGUUUGCAAUGACGGACGGAAAAUAUGGAAGAGAGGAUUUUGUGCUGAGCCUCUUUAGAGGACGGACCGACGCGCUGAGAGAAAUAAUGCGGAAUAUUCCCUCACAUUGGUGUUAACGCAGAAAAUACAAGAUGAAGAAGCAGUUCAAUCGAAUGCGACAGCUCGCCAACCAAACGGUGGGAAGGGCAGAAAAAACAGAGGUGCUGAGUGAAGAUCUUCUACAGGUGGAGAAGCGCCUGGAUCUGGUGAAGCAGGUGACACAUAGCACUCACAAGAAACUGACUGCCUGCCUGCAGGGUCAGCAGGGCACUGACACAGAGAAGAGAUCUGUCAAGUCACCUUCUAAAAAGCUUCCACUCACAAUCUUGGCGCAGUGCAUGGAGGAGGGAGCAGCAGUGUUGGGGGAUGACUCCCUCCUGGGAAAGAUGCUGAACUUGUGUGGGGAGACGGAGGAGAAGUUGGCACAGGAGUUGUUGCAGUUUGAACUUCAGAUAGAAAGAGAUGUGGUGGAGCCUCUUUAUGUGCUUGCAGAGGUGGAUAUUCCCAACAUCCAGAAACAGAGAAAGCACUUAGCUAAACUUGUCUUGGACAUGGACUCAGCACGAACAAGAUAUCACCAGGCAUCUAAGUCAUCCAGCCACCCAAGCACAAUGCAGCCCGGCGCCAAGUCCGAGUCCCUAAGAGAGGAGAUGGAGGAAACAGCCAAUAGGAUGGAGAUUUGUAGAGAUCAGCUGUCUGCAGAUAUGUACAAUUUUGUGGCCAAAGAAAUAGACUAUGCAUACUACUUCCAGACACUAAUAGAAACACAGGCAGAAUAUCACAGGAAGUCAUUAGAAAUUCUUCACAGUGUCCUGCCCCAGAUUAAAGCUCACCAAGAGGCGUGGGUAGAGAAGCCAUCAUUUGGCAAGUCUCUAGAGGAGCACUUGAAUAUUAGUGGGAGAGAGAUUGCGUUUCCCAUCGAGGCCUGCGUCACCAUGUUGUUAGAAUGUGGCAUGCAAGAGGAGGGUCUCUUUAGAGUGGCUCCAUCUGCAUCCAAGCUGAAGAAGCUGAAAGCUUCGCUGGACUGUGGAGUUCUUGAUGUGCAGGAGUACUCCUCCGACCCACAUGCCAUCGCAGGGGCUCUGAAAUCAUACCUCCGUGAACUCCCCGAGCCGCUAAUGACCACUGAACUUUAUGAUGAAUGGAUUCAGGCCUCCAACAUUCAAGAUAUGGACAAGAGACUACAAGCCUUAAUGGCAGUAUGUGACAAACUCCCCACAGACAACCUAAACAAUUUCAGAUAUCUUGUAAAAUUUUUAGCCAAGCUGAGUGAAUACCAGGACUCAAACAAAAUGACUCCUGGUAAUAUGGCCAUUGUCCUUGGACCUAACUUGCUGUGGACACAAACAGAACCGAACAUGACGGAGAUGAUGACCACUGUUUCUCUGCAGAUUGUUGGCAUCAUUGAGCCAAUUAUUCAGCAUGCUGAUUGGUUCUUUCCUGGAGAGAUUGAAUUCAACCUGACAGGCUGCUAUGGUAGCCCGAUUCACACCAACCACAACUCCAACUACAGCUCCAUGCCCUCUCCGGACAUGGACCAGUCGGAACGCAAGCAGCAGCAGCAUGACCAGAGCCGGCGCCCACUGAGUGUCGCCACUGACAACAUGAUGCUGGAGUUUUACAAGAAAGACGGCAUUAGGAAGAUACAAAGUAUGGGCGUCCGAGUGAUGGAUACCUCCUGGGUGUCUCGCAAGGGUUCAGCUACUCUGACGCGCAAGGCUUCCUCCACCCCUCCUGGCAUGCAAGGACCUGGCUCCUCCGCUGACACGCUCAUCCCCGAGCAGCCCGGAGAGCUCAUCACCUCGCCCUCGGCUACGCCACCGCUUGAAGAAAGGAUUUGCUCAGACAACGUGUCGCUCAAUCGGCCAGACACCUCUUAUGCCCACCCAACCCCUGGGGAGGACCGGCCACCCCCUCCUUACCCUUCCUCCUCAUGCCACUCUGCCCCCCACCACUUUUAUCCCAAACCCCCACCCUGCGCUCGUCCGGUGGCACCAGGUCCGGAGUCCCAGCCCCCUGGCUCGCCACCACCCCCAGUGCACUGGUCUGGCUUCACUCCUCCCGCCCCACCCCCUUCCUCCUCUUCCUCUUCCUCCUCCUCGUCACUUGACAUCAAUUCGAACCCCAAACCUAGCUGUCUGCACUUCCCUAAGCACAGCCCGCCAGGUGACAUGUCACAAGGCCCGCCACCCGACAUAAACGCCUCACCACUCUAUGUCAAAACCCCCCUGCUACUAACCCGCCAUGACCAGAGUCACAGCAACCCCCCUAGCCUCCCUUCGUCUGCUCCCCCACCCCCACCGUGGGCUGCCUGUCCAUGUACCCGAGAGAGAGGACCCCCCAGGCUGACUAGUUCACUAAAGAGUAAAGAGCUGUCCCCUGUAACCGGGCACAAAGGCAUCCAGGUGGCAAGUCCAACGGUGCCCCCCAGCUGUAGCCCUCAGAGCAGCAGCCAGUCCCCCCACUCUACUGAGCACAGUCCACACGCCCUGCGCAAAGGUUCCAAGAAGUUGGCCCCUGUGCCUCCAAAGGUCCCCUACGGUCAGUCUGGAGGGAUGUCUGACCAGUCCACAGGUCAGCCAUCACCAAUAAGCCUGUCCCCUACACCUCCCAGCACCCCUUCCCCUUAUGGACUGACCUAUCCUCCAGGGCAGUUACCUCCAUCCUCCCCUGGGCAGACUCCACUCGGGCCAACCCACUCCCUAUCAUCACCACCCUCCCUUUCUGGGACGCUUACCAAGUCGCGGCCUGCCCUUAAACCCAGGCAAAGACCGAGCCUGCCCCCUCCUCAGCCACCCCCAGCUCCCCCGCCCAUGGUUCCAGUCCCUCAGCCUCUGGAGCAGGGCCUACUGGAUGGACUGUCUCCUGAAGAGAGCAUGUCUACAGAUAUCUUCAAUUAUGAAAUCCCCUCCAUCAAUGUCAAUCUGGACAGCCUCAUCGAUGAGUUCAGCUCUGCCCCCUGCAGGAGGUCCCUGGCAUUGACAGACUCUCCAGAGGGGGAUGCUGUGUCUGAGGAGGAACCCCAGAGCACUAUUCUAUGACCCUGAGGCAUCAUUUACCAGCAUCCCGGUGGCUGUACAUGCAUUGAAGUGUCGACACCAAGCCCUGAAGGAAACGACAACAGACUGGCCUCACUAGUACCCACCAGAAACCAGAACAUUAACCUUCCCUCACAUCCGCUACAGGUUGCAAAGAAACUCAUCUUUCUCAGCUGCUUGCUUUUACGUUUACAGGUCCUUCUCAAAAAAUUAGCAUAUUGUGAUAAAGUUCAUUAUUUUCCAUAAUGUCAUGAUGAAAAUUUAACAUUCAUAUAUUUUAGAUUCAUUGCACACU